AUGUCUACUCGUCGAGGUGUUGGCUUAGGGGCGUUCGCAAAUCGCUCGCAAACGACUCAGUCCUAUGCCAAUCACGGUGCGAGCCUUCGGUCGACCCAUCUAACCUCCCUUCAAACGCAACUUUCUGUCUUUCAAUCCUUGCUUCAUACGUUCGCACUUGAACAUGGAGAGACUAUCAAAUCCAACCCCACCUUUCGGGCAGAGUUUGCACGAAUGUGCCAUGCCAUUGGGGUUGAUCCGCUUGCCGCAAGCAACGUGAAGGGGAAAGGUAAGCGAGGGUUUGUUUCGGGGCUAGCUGAAGGUGGCAGCUUUUGGACUCAGGUAUUAGGUGGAGAUGUCAAUGACUUCUAUUUCGAGGUUGCAGUGAGGGUGGUAGAGUUAUGUAGGGAGACGCGGGCAGAAAACGGAGGGUUGAUCAGCGUGGAAGAAUGUCGUACUCGAGUAGCGCGGGGGAAAGCAAUCGGUGGUGGGUUGGAAGUCUCAGAAGACGACGUCCUCCGAGCCGUGAAGUCCCUUGAGCCUCUCGGGUCUGGCUUCUCCAUCAUCAAAGUCGGUAGUAAGCAAUUCGUGCGCUCAGUCCCCAAGGAGCUCAACACGGAUCAGGCUACGGUGCUUGAAGUCAUCCAACUUCUAGGCUUCGUGACAGUCUCCAUGUUGCAGCUUAAUCUGAAGUGGGAGAAAGCACGGACGCAAACCGUGCUAGACGAUCUCCUUGCUGAUGGACUUGUAUGGCUCGAUACGCAGUGCGAGGAGCAUGAGUAUUGGUCGCCACAGAAUUCACUAGAUGAGAAUGUCUGA